CGCGCAGCGGCGAUCGCUUCGCGGGUCCGUCUCGCGCUCAGCGCCCUUCUCCUCCUCCUCCUCCGUCUCCUCCUCCUUCUCCUCCUCCUCUCACUCCUCUGUCUCUCGCAGCAGCAGCACAAGGCGAUUCAGCAGCAGCAGCAGCAUCAUCAGCAUCAUCAUCAGCAGCAGCAUCAUCAGCAGCAGCAGCAUCAGCAGCAGAAGGAGCAGCAGCAGCAGAAGGAACAACAAAGCUGAUCGCCCCCGAUGGAGGCUCGCCAGUGUGAUGCUCUCUGAGCUGAGCCGAGUUCAGCCCGAGUCUGGGGCCCCCCACGAUUCAGCAUCAGCGUCAUCAUGCAGCCCCCCCCGCGGAAGGCGAAGGUGACGCAGGAGGUGCGGUGCGCGCAGACAGAGCAGCUUGCGCGGCUCACGGCCAAACACCAGCAGGAGAGCGACCUCCUGGAGGACAUCCGGUCGUUCUGCAAGCAGCGGGCAGCCAUCGAGAAGGAUUAUGGACAGGGCCUGCAGAAGCUGUCGUCACAGUUCCUUCGGAGAGAGUGGAGCGUGCAAGAACCGGAGGGAGGGAACAAUAGCGGCAGCAGGAGCGCGUUCGCCGUGUGGCGCCUCGUGCUGCUCGGCACGCUGCAGGCCGCCAACAGCCGCCUCGUGGCGGCCGAGAGCUACCGGAGCCGCGUGGCCGAGCCGGCCAAGGCGGCGCGGGCGGCGCGCGACGCCCAGCUCAAGAAGUGCUCGGACCGUCUGGUGACUCUGCAGGCUGAGCUCGCCGACACGGUGAAGGAGCUGGAGAAAGCCAAGAAGAGAUUCUCUGAGCUGGAGCGAAUGGCCAAUCAGACGCGAGGAAAGAGUGGGGACACCGAGAGCUGGCUCAAGCGGAGCGAGUUCAGCAGCCUCUUCCACUCCAAGGCGAGCCUGCAGAAAGCCAACGCCAGGAUGGCGGCGAGGCGGAAGGAGUGCCACGUGAAGCUGCGGCAGGCACGGAACGAGUACGUGAUAAGCGUGGCGGGCGCCAACGCUCACCAGCAGCGCCACGCCAGCACCGACAUCCCCGCGCUGCUCUCGGCUCUGGAUGGCGACGUCUACGAGCGGCUGUGCGAGUAUUUCUGCGUGCUGGGCCAGACGGAGCUCGAAUCGUGCCAGAGCACGCAGGAGCCCUUCGUGGCCCUGCUGCAGGCCGCACACGGGGUGUCUCGCGAGCACGACCUGCAGCUCUUCCUGCGCGAGAACGCGGUGGUGAUGGAGCUGCCGCCCUUCUGCGCGCACACCGGCGACGACGCCGGUCCCGAGCUGCUGGGCCCUGAGGAGGGAGCGGAGGAGGUCGACCAGAGCCUGGACAAGGAGGCCCGCAAGUGGGCCUCGAAGGUGGCACGAGACCACAAGGUCUCCGUGCACGCCCAGUGGGUACUCGAGGGGCUGGAGGGGCAGAUGGCGGGUGCGGGGGGCCCGGGGGGAGUUCCGGAUCCGGCCGCCAACCUUGACAUGGAGGCAAAGAUGGAGGAAGCACGGGAGAGCAUCCGGAAAGCGGAGACGGACCGGCUCAAGGCCGCCGCGUGCCUCUCGCUGCUGCGGCGCGUCGGCGUCGACGCCGACCUCUGGCUCGACGGCGCCAUGACCAAAGCGACGGCCGAGCUGGAGAGCGAGCGGCGCGCGAGCGAGGCGCGGCGCAACAACGGGGAACUCUCGCCCACGGAGGAGCUGUCGCUGGGAGGAUACUACGACGGCGAGGAGUUUGAGUCGGACACUCUGGAUGAGAGUGGCUCCUCGCCCUCGGGGACCUGGCGGCAGUACCCACAGACGUGCCGCGUCCUCUACUCCUAUCAGGCGAACAUGCCGGAUGAGUUGACGAUUGACAAGGAUGAGAUGCUGGAGAUCAUCGAGGACGGGGACAUGGAGGACUGGGUCAAGGGCCGGAACGCGGCAGGCAAAGUUGGCUACGUGCCGGAGAAAUACCUCCAGCCGCUGGAGCCCGGCGGGGGGGGCGGGGGGCCCGGGGGGGGGUUCGGGGGUGGCGGCGGGGCCGGCGGUCUGCGUGGCAGCACGUCGGCGGACGUCAUCUCCUACACGUCGGGCAACUCCAUCGAGCCCGAGCUGCCCACCGAAGCCUCGCUCGGGGUGUGGCUGGCACGGGCGCUGUACGACUACGAGGCGCAGACGGAGGACGAGCUCUCUUUCCCCGAGGGCGCCAUCAUCCGCAUCCUGCACCGCGGCGGAGCCGACGAAGAGGUGGAGGAGGGCGACGUGGACGACGGCUUCUGGAAGGGCGAGCUCAACGGCCGUGUCGGCCUCUUCCCCUCGCUCGUCGUCGAGGAGAUGAGCUCCGGCGCCGGCGCCGAGGGCAGCAGCGGGGGCAGCAGGAGCCCCGACGAGGAGCGCCGGCCGUCCCCGCUGUCGCCCGCCGCCGGCCUGUCCCGCUUGUUGAGGCCGGUUUCACUGGCGCACAGCGGCCCCCCGAGCCCCGAGGUGCCCCGGCCGGCCCGGCCCCCGCGGCCAGCCUCCGCCAUCAUCGCUGGAUCUAGCGGAUGCGCCAACGGAGACAUAGGAGGCGCGUUCCGGCUCCCGCCCGUACAGAGACCCUCGCUGCGGCCGGUGAGGGCAGCUCCCCCGCCCCCAACAAAGAAGGCCGCCGCCCUGCAGGACGAAGGCUUAGAGGUCACGCUGGUGUGACCUCGCCGACCCCAUUUCGGGGUCAAAGUGUCAAUCGUCCCUGCUCUCCCCCCUCGCCCGCUGGCCGGGAGAAGUGUCCCACGCAGUGGUCUCGCUGGGGGGGCCCCAGAGCCCCCCUGCCCCGCCCCCCAAUCUUCCUGUGGUUGCCCGGGUCGGUGGGGUGCGGGGGGGUCGGGGAGGGGGUUGCCCCCACACCCAGAGCCGUGUGGAUGAACUCCCCACCGGUCGCACGCCUGAGCCGCCCGCGAGGCCCGGAGUCGCUGUCCGCCCCUCUGCGUGCCCUCUCGCUGAGGCUUUGUUGUCUGUGCUCUCAUAGCAAGUGUAAUAUAUUGUUAUUAUAAUAAUUAUUGUUAUAUGAUUACUGUUAUCGGCGCGUCGGUGGCUCAUACCUAGCCCCCCCCUCCACCCGCAAAAUUCUGCCAACUGCCAAAGGGGGGGGGGGAGGGGGGCACCCAGGGGUAGCCCCCCCCCCCCGCCACAAGCCAAGCUGUGCUUCCCCCAUCUCGCCCUCCACCUCCCCCCGACCCUCGGUUCCUCAGCCAGCCUCUGUCACCGUAAAAAAUAUACCGUGGCAUUUGAGGCCGGUGGGAAGUGGCAUUUAGAGCGAGCAGGUGGCACGGCAGAUCUGAGUGGUGGCUCGAACUCGGCUCUCGCUGCCUUGGCCACUCGCCAGUGAGCAGCCCCCCCCCCCCGCCCAAGCAAGCCCCCCCCCCCCCCACCCAAGCAAGCCCCCCGCUUCCCUCUUCAUCCUCUGUCCCCUACUAAUUCCACAUCCUCUUCCUCCCACCUCAAUUCAUAACCGAAGGAAGUUGGGACGAUGGGGGGGGGAUAUGGGUAACCCCAACCCCAAACGAACAGACAAAGAUCCCCUAUAUAGGCUUUAACAAACUGGCUGGGCAUGUGCUGUUGGCGAACACCUUUUAAGGACGAAGAGGUUUUGGGGUAGGUUGCCAGCACCACGCCCGGCUGCCUUUAUGUCCACCAGUGCCGAUGUUUACACACCGCACCAGCUAAUCAUUUAAGGCUGAGUCGACUUGGGGGAGGCCCUGCAUCGGUUUAGAUAUUCAUCCCUGGUGUUGGCCGUGAGGAAUGGGAUCAAACUCGGGUUUUGCCGAGUUCGUAGCGCAUGGCACCUACGACAGCCCCACCGCUCGCUCCCCCAUCCUAACCACAACCUCAACCACCACCACCGCUACCAUCGAGAUGGCUGUGCCAAACGCAGCGGGUGUUGACAGUGGUGAGGAGGCACGGUGCGGCGACACCCACCACGUCGCUCACCAUGCCUUGUGCCGCGUUCUCCGCAUUGUAUGACGCAACCUCGCCCCAUCGUCUCUGGAUUUUCAAGCAAACGUUGGGGGGGUCCCUCUUGUAACCCGGUGGGCGUGGGGCGUGUGUGUGGCGGUGCUCGCUUACAGCACUUACUCCAAAAGUCUAUUGAGUCUAUUAAGUAUGUGUCUUUGUGUGUGGGUGUGGGGAGCGGUGGCACAGUGGUUGGCACACUCGCCCUACGAACCCGGCCACCACCGGUUUAAUUUUGACGAAUAUCUCGAAAGGGUCCUGGGCACUCCCCUAGGUUGACUCCGUGUAAAAGAUGUGUACCUGGAGCGGUGUUUAAAAAAAAAACAUCAGCACUGGGAAGACAAAGGCUGCCGGGCAUGUGUGGUGCUGGCCACCCCCACCCUGGAGGCUCUCCAAGGGAGCUCUCUAACAGCACUUGCCCCAACAGCCUGACAGAGAUUAUAUGGGGAAUCUUUGUCCGUGGCCAAAUUUGUGUGACUGUUGACACCGGCACAGGUCCGGGAUGCGCCUCGCUGGAGCGUCUUGCAAUCCGGGGAGUACGGCAAUAGGACAAUAGUCACAACGAGUUCGAGUUUGCGUUAGUCCACUGCUGGAUGGAGGCUUCCCCACGCCGUUCGGGUCAAUCAUCGGGGUUGUUUUACCAUACUUCACCACGCUGGUCCGUGCGAGUUUGGUGAAAGGGGUCGGCCAAGCCUGAAUCUAUUUCCCAGCAUCCGGCACACCACAGAUUCCUGGGGAAUCUUCAGUGAGACGAUGUAGGCGAUGUUCCUUCUUCAGGGCCAUGAAGAGAAGGGUCCUCGUCCGAAACGUCGGUUUCGCUGCCGUCUAUAUUGUUAAUUGUGUGGGACGAUGGCCAGCGGUCAAUGCGUGCGACUGGAGUGUGGCAGUGAAAAGAAGACGCCCCCCCCCCUUCCCGUGGAGACGGAGCGAUGAGGUCGGCUCGCGUUGCCGGAGCCGGGUGGGGAUCAUUGCAUCGCACGGCGAGUCGGAGCACGCCGACGGCUCGUGGGGGGCCUUUGUCCAGCAGUGGAGAGACCAUGGCGGCGCGAUGACGAUGGAAGCCGCGGUGGUGAGCGCGGUACCAUGAGGCCUUUCUGUUUGGUGCCUCCCCAGCCCUCCUUCGGCCACCCCCUGCGAUUCAGCACCUCGUCGUCGAUGUGCCAUCACUUGUGCUGCCGUUGUAACGAACUCGAUUCACAGACGCCCACGUGGAUUGAAGCGAAUCGAUUGUUGCCGCCGACUCGAUGCGCGAAUCGUGCCCUCCGUAGACGAUAUUAAUCGAUGUUAAUCGGCGUGUCCGUCCACCCCGCACUGCGUGAUGCAGAAGUGGGGGGCGGGGGGGAACCCACGACCCCGUAACCCCGUGGACCCAACCCGACCCGCGACUUGGUUUCACACGCGCCGCGAGCACACGAUGCCGCCUCGUACCGCUUCCAAAACGGCGGCUCGCAUUCUACUAUUUAGCCUUCGCUGCAAGUCUCCUAGCCGCACUCAUUGGGUGCCGGGCGGGGAAUAUUCCCGACCUAGCGACAAUUUAAGAUGUGCAAGUGACCCGAGAUGUGUGUGUGUGUCUGUGUGUGUGUCUGUGUGUGUGUGUGGUCUGUGUGUGUGUCUGGGUGUGUCUUGGUGUAGAGUGGCGGCGCAGUGGUUAGCGUGCUGCGCUACGAACCCGGCGAUCCGAGUUCAAUUCCCGUUCGUGGCCAACAUCGGUGACGAUGAUCUGAACCGGUCCUGGGUCUUCUCUAGGUAGACUCACUCUGGUGAGGUGAACGUCAGCACCAGGGAGACAAAUGCGGCCGGACGUGGUGCUGGCCACCCCCCUGGCCAUCAUGGGUGCUCGCUAACAGCACUUGUCCCAACAGUCUGUUAAGGCUAUGGGGGUGGGGGGUCUUUGUAUAUCCGUGCGUUAAAGCAUUUGGUGAUGCUGCUGCUUCUGUCUUGGCAGUGGUGCACACAGCAAGUUAACAAUGGACACGCUCAUCAACGCUGUGCUUGGCCUUUAAAGAAAACAUCCUCAUAGGUGACGUUUCGUGCAGUGACCCGGAGUUGUAUAAAAAACGGUCGUAAACUGAAACGUCGCCUGUUAGAGAUAUUGUUCCUUGUAAUGCCGUGGUGUUAUGAACGAAUGUUGAGUGGUGGUGGUGGUGACCUGCCCAAGGUGUUGAGUGGUGGUGGUGGUGACCUGCCCAAAGUGUGUGAUCAUUGCCACUGGGCCUUCGAUGCAGUCAACGUUCAUCGCCGUUUCCGUGUUUGUGCUGUCCAGCAGCCCUCCGGCUGCGUUUGUGUGUUGUACUCGCGCGUUCUUCGGCAUCAGUGUCCGACGUUUCGCUCCGGUUCCUGAAGAAGCUGCCACUACCACCGCCGUGGACCGAAACAUCGGACAAUCAUACCAGACAACACGCGGGUUCAAGCAGAGAGGACACCGAAGCGUUAUCAAUACGGGAACCCUGCCCGCUGGUGACACGUGCUCGCGCACAGCUCCUGCGCUCCAUAUCCUCCUCCCUGGCUCCUGUGGGGUGAUGGUGGUGGGGGGGUGUGGUUAAUUUGAAGCUGACCCAGCAGCCAAGAGGACGAGUAACGGUUCGAGUCCCGUCCUUUCGAUUUCUGAUUCAAUAAGCUCCGUGACGGUUGUGGUUGUUGCGCUAAAAGGCAAAUAAAUUGUACAUUUCUCUUCG